AUGUCUAGUAGCAAAACAAGAUGUGAAACAUCGAAAAAAUUUUAUGCACAGGAUUGUCUUGAUAGAAAUUCAGUUUAUUUUGAUGACAAAGAAUCUUCAGAGAAUAAUGAAAUAAAAUUAAGCACAAGAGAACAAAAUUUGUAUUAUCCUCCAAAAAAUCCUGAAGAGGGAUUACCAGAACCGCAAGAAUUAGAAGAAAAUGAAGAAGAAGAAUUGUGUAGAGAUUCAAUUUUAACAUCAGUUGGUUGUUUAUCAAGUUUGCCACUCGAUAAAUGGACAAAUCUUGCUCAGCAAACGAGAACUAGACCAUCAGUAGAUAAAUUUACCGUUUCACGAUUUAGUCCCGCCGAAUGGUAUUUACACAAUGAGGCUGUAUCGCGAGACGCUGAUGGAUCGAUUAAUGAUAUCAAAAAUAUAGCUUUUACAUCACAACAAACAGAAAACGAAAUUUACAAUCGCGUUGAUGAAAAUGAUUUGGAUAAUAAAUAUUACUUAACAGUUAACGCGCGGAAUUUAUUUAAUUCGAAGCGCGAAUUGGAGCGCAUUAACAAAGACGUAACGGAUGAAUUAGAGAGUACAAAAAAUUUAAUACAACAAUUGAUGAAGAGCAAUCGUGCAGUACAAUCAAUCAUAAAUAUCGACCAGGAUUUAAAGCGUGUGAGAAAUACGAGAUCAGAAGAAGAUCUUGUUCAUGAUUCAGUUACUGAAGAAAUACUUAAAGAUGCAAAACAACGACUGGAAUAUGAUUGGUCAAAUAAAAAAGACGCUUAUGAUAUUGAUACAGUUUGCAUCGGUUUAAACAAUAACUCUAAAACAAUCCAAUGGAAACCAGGAUGUGCUCAAUUGCCAGCUGGACAAUGUACACCAGUAGGACAUGAACAAUUAACCAAAGAAUCAAUAGCGUACACUCAAAUAUCAAUCAAUAGAUCUAGAGUACUUAAAUUAAAUAUUAAAGAUCAUAUUGAUAGAUUUGUUAAAUGUUUACUACUCCAAGCUUGUCAAGUAGACGUUGCUUUAGCUAAUAAAUUCAACGAAACUGAUCAAGCUUGCAGAAGACUUGAACGUGCUUUACUUGAGUGUCUAAAAUCCUUAGCUGAUUCUGAAAAAGUUAUUGUAGAUACGUCUAAGGCAAUAAGAAAAUUAGACGCGCCAAUUAAAUGCGCUCAGACUCGUUUGAAUAUGCGUUUGAGACGUCAAGAUAUUGAGCAGUGUCGAGAUUUUACACAAUUUAGUUUAAUUGAUCAAGUUAAAGAUGUUUCCGAUGGUGUAAGUGCACUAUCAAGUAAAAUAAAUCUAACUAAAGAUAAAAGCGAAGAACUAAAUAACUCAUAUAAAAAAAUUCAACACGAAAUAAUGGUAAAACGAAAAAGUUUAUGGAUCGAUGGUGAACGAUGCCGAGCAAUGAGAUCAUUCUACCCUUCAGAACAAACUCUCUACGGCUAUCAAUAA